AGUGUAAGAAGAUAAUAGCUGGUGGACACAUCAUACCCUAACCAGUUUGGUUGCAAUGUCUUCUUCGCUCUCACCAUCACUCUCUUCACCAUUCAUCCACGAUUCUUCAACUACUCGCCAUGGAACUAAGCUUCUUCCUUUUCCUCACGCCACUGCCACACGAAAACCGCGAUGCUUCAAGUCCUUUUCUUUCAACUGCUCCCUCGACCGCAUCCCCAAGCAGUUCAGACAGGAAAAUCUCAAAGAUGGAUUGAUGGACAAUUACAAGAAUGCACCACAAUUUCUAUAUGGUCUUAAUCCCUCGCAAAUGGACAUGUUCAUAAAUGCAGACAAUCCUAUGCAUCAGAUGUCUGAAAGAGUUACAGAGGAAAGCAUUUCAUCUGCCAAAAGUUAUUUGGCUCAUAGUGGGAUGGGUGGUGUAUCUAGCAUGGAUACUAAUGCAUCUUCAAGACACAGCAUGAGUGUUAGUAUGUACAGAGGAGGUAGGGGAACAGGAAGGCCUAGAAAUGCUCCACCGGAUUUGCCUUCUUUGCUCUUGGAUUCUCGGAUAUGUUAUCUUGGUAUGCCGAUUGUACCAGCUGUGACAGAACUUAUUCUGGCUCAACUUAUGUGGUUGGAUUAUGAUAACCCUGCCAAACCUGUUUAUGUAUAUAUUAAUUCGUCUGGAACUCAGAAUGAGAAGAACGAGACCGUGGGAUCAGAAACUGAUGCUUAUUCCAUCGCUGAUAUGAUUUCUCAUAUCAAAUCUGAUGUCUACACUGUGAAUUUGGCCAUGGCGUAUGGCCAAGCAGCAAUGAUUCUGUCUCUUGGAAAAAAGGGUUAUCGUGCUGUACUGCCACAUUCAUCCGCAAAAGUAUUUCUCCCGAAAGUCCACAGAUCAAGUGGUUCUGUUGCAGAUAUGUGGAUUAAGGCAAAAGAGCUGGAGGCAAAUUCUGAGUAUUACAUUGAGCUGUUGGCAAAAGGAACGGGGAAGUCAAAGGAAGAGAUUGCUAAAGACGUCCAGAGGACUAGAUAUUUCCAACCACAGGAUGCCAUAGAAUACGGACUCGCUGACAAAAUAAUGCAUUCAAUGGAUGGGGAAAAUGCAUAUAAGAAGCGGAAUUAUGAUGAAAUACGUGCUCAAAGAGCACUGCGGAGAGGUGGUGGGAACCCUCAAGCGGCUCCUUCAGGACGUUAGGUAAUUUCACACAAAAACAUUAAGUCACUUGUUAUGUUAUGCAUCCAAUGCCUUUAAAGGUUGGUGGUUUUGGUUCAAGUCGACGCCUAAUAUAGAAAGGUCAAGCAGAUAUCUUCACAUAUCAAGACGAAAUGGAAAUAUCACCAUCCACCAGUUAAUGUUUAGAGUCUGUAUCUGUACAUUGGCUCUGGGGGUUAUCUGUUAUGUACUUGUAUUACUUGAAUUACCCGUGCUUUGUUUCAACUAGAGAAAAUGACUAGGCCUUGAGGAUUAUUUUCUGAAGUUGUAAAUAAUCAAACCGUUAUCAAUGUGAUGAUGAAUGAACUUCAUGGUUGCAUUAGAAGAUUCUAUACACCUUUGUUUCAUUAUACUUAUUACAUAUUGGGUUGAAGCCUAAUGCACACCUUGUUCCCCGUA